AUGUUGUUCUCAAGUUUAUUCAAAUCAGCUGUCGCUGCUACUUUAAUCGGUUCAUCCGUUGCUUCUCCAGCUCAACAUGCUCACAAUGAACAUAAACGUGGUGUUGUUGUUGUUACUCAUACUUCAACCGUCAUUGUUACCGCUGGUCAAAACCAAGUUGUUGGUGGUCAAUCAACCACUAGAACUUUCUCCACUGUUGACACUGGAUUAGCUGCUCCAUCAUCAUUAUCAACCACUAUCUCAAGGGAUGCUCCAGUUGCUGAUUUCUCAUCUCACACUUUCUCAUACUCUUCAGAUGCUACCACCACUUUAGCUUCUGCUUCAACCACUUCUACUAAAGAAGAAUCAUCAGUUGCUCCAUCAUCAACCUCAUCAACAUCAUCAGCUGCUUUACCAUCAUCAACCGGUGGUAACAACUUCUCAGAUGGUAAAGGUGUUACUUACUCCCCAUACACUGCUUCAGGUCAAUGUAAAUCAUCAGAUGAAGUUAAAAAAGAUGUUUCAGCUUUAAAAGGUUUUGAAAUUAUCAGAUUAUACGGUGUUGACUGUAACCAAGUUGAAAACGUUUUACAAGCUAAAGCUGAUGGUCAAAAAGUCUUCUUAGGUGUCUACUUUGUUGAUCAAAUCCAAGAUGGUGUUAACCAAAUUGCUGAUGCCAUUGAAAAAUACUCAUCAUGGGAUGAUGUCCACACUGUUUCUAUCGGUAAUGAAUUAGUUAACGGUGGUUUAGCUUCAGUUUCUCAAGUUGGUGAAUACGUUCAAGCUGGUAAAUCUGCUUUAAAAUCAAGAGGUUACACCGGUCCAGUUGUUUCAGUUGAUACUUUCAUUGCUACCAUUAACAACCCAGGUUUAUGUGAACACUCUGAUUACAUUGCUGUUAACGCUCAUGCUUACUUUGAUCAAAACACUGAAGCUCAAGAUGCUGGUGAAUGGGUCUUAUUACAAAUCCAAAGAGUCUGGACUGCUUGUGGUGCUGAUAAAUCUGUUUUCAUUACUGAAUCAGGUUGGCCAUCAAGAGGUGACACUUACGGUAAAGCUGUUGCCUCAAAAGAAGCUCAAAAAUCUGCUAUUGAAUCAAUUAAAUCCACCGUUGGUGAUUCAGUUAUCUUAUUCAAUGCUUACAAUGAUUUAUGGAAAGCUGAUGGUGCUCAAAACUGUGAAAAAUACUGGGGUAUCUUAUCAAACUAA